GGACGAGGUGAAGCGGAGCCGGGCCGGGGCCGGCCGGGACCAGGCCGGAGGCCGAGCGGCGGCGGCGUCGGCGGUGGCCGGGAGGGGGGAGGAGAGGCGCAGCCCGUGGAGCCGCCGCAGCAGCUCCCCCGCCUCCCGGGCUGAGGGAAUGCAUGAUUUCAUAGGAUAUAGACAACUGGCUUAAGCCAACAUUUCUGGACAGUAAGAAACUGCAAAUCAAGGAAGAAGUGCUUAGAAAUAUUUUCACAUAAAGAGAAUUUUAGGAAAGGAAGAUGGAUCAACCUAGUGGAAGGAGUUUUAUGCAAGUAUUAUGUGAAAAAUAUAGUCCUGAAAACUUUCCUUACCGUCGUGGUCCUGGGAUGGGAGUCCACGUCCCAGCCACACCUCAGGGCUCUCCUAUGAAAGAUCGCCUCAACCUCCCAAGUGUACUGGUGUUGAACAGCUGUGGAAUAACAUGUGCAGGAGAUGAAAAAGAAAUUGCUGCCUUCUGUGCUCAUGUGUCGGAACUAGAUCUUUCUGACAACAAACUCGAAGACUGGCAUGAGGUCAGUAAAAUUGUGUCAAAUGUUCCCCAGUUGGAGUUUCUAAACCUGAGUUCCAACCCUCUGAAUUUGUCGGUUUUAGAAAGAACAUGUGCUGGGUCCUUCUCUGGGGUUCGCAAACUUGUCCUCAACAACAGCAAAGCUUCUUGGGAGACGGUCCACACGAUACUGCAGGAGUUACCCGAUUUGGAGGAGCUCUUCCUGUGCCUUAACGACUAUGAAACAGUGUCUUGUCCUUCUAUUUGCUGUCAUUCUCUUAAGCUACUACAUAUAACAGACAAUAACCUCCAAGACUGGACUGAAAUACGAAAGUUAGGAGUUAUGUUUCCUUCACUGGAUACUCUCGUCCUGGCGAACAAUCAUUUGAAUGCUAUUGAGGAGCCUGAUGAUUCACUGGCCAGGUUGUUUCCUAAUCUACGAUCCAUCAGCCUCCACAAGUCAGGUUUGCAGUCCUGGGAAGACAUUGACAAACUAAAUUCAUUCCCCAAACUUGAAGAAGUGAGAUUAUUAGGAAUUCCUCUUCUGCAGCCCUAUACCACCGAGGAGCGGAGGAAAUUGGUAAUAGCCAGAUUGCCAUCCGUCUCCAAACUUAAUGGCAGUGUUGUUACUGAUGGUGAGCGAGAAGAUUCGGAGAGAUUUUUUAUCCGUUACUAUGUGGAUGUUCCACAGGAAGAAGUGCCAUUCAGGUAUCAUGAACUGAUUACAAAAUACGGGAAGUUGGAGCCUUUGGCAGAAGUGGACCUAAGACCCCAGAGCAGCGCGAAAGUAGAAGUCCACUUCAACGAUCAGGUGGAAGAAAUGAGCAUUCGUCUGGACCAAACAGUUGCAGAACUAAAGAAACAAUUAAAAACUCUAGUGCAGUUACCCACGAGCAACAUGCUUCUCUACUAUUUUGACCACGAAGCACCUUUUGGCCCAGAGGAAAUGAAGUACAGCUCUCGCGCAUUGCAUUCUUUUGGCAUUAGGGAUGGAGAUAAAAUUUAUGUGGAAUCCAAAACAAAAUAACCUCUACCAGCCUUGUAAAAACACAUACAUAAGGACUUCUUGCAGGGCAUUUGUUCCCAAUGGUUUUCUUUAGGAGGGAGAAGGUUGUUUUCGUUUCGUUUUGUUUUGUUUCAGUUUCAGGGGGGUUUUGUAUAUUUUUCCCCCUAGGACGGGUAGGGGACUGUUUUUGGUAUUUUCUACCACAGAUUUCUUCAGCUCAGCCAGCAGAAUUGGCCACAUCUCCAGUCCACCCGCCCUCCCUCCCUCACGAAAGAUGACCAGGAAGCCGCCGUGUCCGUACCGUGUUCACUGGGACGUGCCUGCCGCGUGGUCGUCCUGACUGCUUCGGGAUGCUUGUGGAAAGAGCACGAACAGUGUGUCCCCCGCAGGAGGGUAACUUGACUAUUUAAAUCUGGAGCAGGGAUCUUUCCAGGAAGGGCCAGCAUUUCUCUCCCCCCGUUCUUCCGCGUUCCCUCGUUCUCCCUCCUUUCCUGUUGUGGUUCAGUUUUUCACUUUGACUAGCGUCAGCCCCUGUUUACCUAGUAGCUUCAUUCUGUCUAUAAGUAACUUCUCAUUUCUCAGUGUGGGCGGGGUUUUUUCUUCAUUUCUCCCUUUUGAAACAAUUUCAUGUUUUAAGCAUUUUUCAACCUGAUCCUGAUCUCAGGUACUCAGUUAGCACCUAUAAUUCUGUUAGGAUCUGGAAGAGGAGCAGACGGAGAGUUAAAACUCCAGGAAAACUUCCUGUUCGGCAGCACAGGCAGAGCAGCCUGGUCUCUGUACGCAACAGUGUCCACGUGGCUGUUCGCACACACUGUAUCAACCCUCACGUCCAUAGUAUGAAAUAUGUCGCAUUCCCGAGUUCGAAUGUAUUUCCUCAUAUCUAGCUAUCUUUUUCCUGACCUUAAACUACUGGGACCAGAGGCCUGACUUUAGGAAGGACCCAAAAAAGUAAUGGAUGUCCGUGCCAGGAGAGUUGAGAAUUAGCUAACAGACGGUCUGUGGCGUGUGUGAGGGAGCAGCGUAGGAGAAAAGUCGGGUCGUACAGGAGAAAGAGAGUGUCGUGGCUUUCCUGCCUGUGUCGUCAUUUGAAGUCCUUGCUCUUGCACUUUGCGUCAAAAGUGGGAAAUUUUAAUCAAAGGGAGUUUUGAUUCCCGGUUCUUCCCUGGGAUUUUGUGAUGUCGUAACUGAACAGUUCUUUUUGUUUUACGUUUCCACUUAGUCGCCCCUCCUGAAGAACAACUCUGCCUAAUCUAUGAGUAAAGUCUAAGUGUCAAAACUCCAGAAUUGCCUCCAAGUCAUAUUUUUUGCAGAAGCAUAUUUAAAGCACUUUUCUUUAAAAGCUGGUUCCUCACCUGCUCUGAAAUCUUUGUGUUUGUUCUUGUAGUCCUUUGUUAAUCAGUGUACUCCCUUUCUUUAAUGUAUGUCUUUCUUGGUCCACCAUGUUUACACUUGGGAGACUUGAGGAAGGCUUAGCAUAACUAAGGGCAGGAGAUGUGCACAUAAAAAAGAAGGUAUGUUCUUUUUCGAAGAAUGUAAUCAUUAUCUGAUUGCAUUUGACUUUUUGACCUUCGUUACAGGAUUCCACCGCUCCUACAAAUUGUUUAAUUUCGUAAGAAGUUUUUAGGUGACUCUUAUAAAAUCCUUCACAUCUGCAGAGUUGUGAUUCUUAUUGCUAGUUUAAAUUUUUUUCCUAUGCCAUAACAGCAGAUGUUUAUUCUCUUAAUGCACUUCAGGUUCAGUGUCUGUAAAGCCUCUGACCCAGGCCUACUGAGUCAAAUCUACGUUCACUGUAACAUUAAAGGUGGAAACCAAAGGGUUUGAGAAAGAUGAAUGAAGCCCAUCCUCCUGCUGCAAGACUCUAUCUUUCAAAAUCAGAAGAAUGAGCAAUGGAGAUCGGGGCUGGGUAUAAACAAGAAUAAUUAUUUUGCAGUCACAUUUUCCUGACAGAUUUUUGGAAGUGGGGAAAAAAGCGUGGCAACAGUGUCAUGAAGACAAAAACUGUGGGUGCUUUGUGUAUGUGUGCAUGAGUGCCGACGAGUUUGAAAGAGAAACCAUGUAAUGGAGCCCAUUGCUUUCGUCAGCCUGGGAGACAGAUGCACUCUUAUUUUUUGAGGUUAUAUAUGACCCCUGACUGUCCCGCAGCAGAAGGCAGAGCAAACACUUCUGUUAUGCUUUAAUCAUAAGUGGAAUGGUCACAACUAAUGAGCUAUUUUAUAUAUGACAAAGUUUUAUGAAAUGCUUUUUUACUAUUAGAGACCUGUUCCUUCUGUUACGACAGAACACAGCGUCCAUCAACUGCAGGCAUAAUUCCCCUAUUAUACAGUUGCAUGUCAGGGGAACUUCUCAUCUAAUGCAGUGGAUGUGGGUAUUUUUAGGGCAUUGUAAUUGAUGGUUUUAAUAAUUGCUGAAUACUUUUUGAUUGAGAUGAAAUCUAUCACAAUUACUGGUCUUUUAGAGCUACAGAACAGAAGUAAAAGAGAGAAGCUAUUUGAGCAUGUGUACCUGUAGAUUUAUUUGGGUGGCUGAGUAAAGAUGCUGCUUUUGAAAUAAAAUCGGUGCUGUGCAGACACUUGUAACCAAAAUUAUUUUUGUAACAGGCCGGAAAGGAGACAAGAGACCGUGGACCUUUGAGCCUAAUUGUUAUGCAUAAUUGAUUGCUGCAGCUUAUGUAUUUUAAUAUUGACUUCCUCCAUCCACAUGCAGUGAGAGCAUAUUAUUGGCAUUUAUGAGGCAAAAUGCUGUCAGAGCCAGUGUUACAGAUAUUUCGCUGCCGGCGCAGUGUGUAGGACAUACCUGUCCUCAACUAGAAAUUCUUUUCGGUUAUGAAAAGGGAAAGGAAUGAUAGAAGAAAAAGGCAGAUCAAAACCGAGGGGUCCUCCGUGCUCACAAGUAGCUGCUGAGGCCACAACAGAGAUCAGUUUUCUUUUUAAUUGAAUUGUUGAAAUAUCCCAGACUGCUUUAAAGGAGA